AUGGUCGUUGGGAUGCAUGGAGAUCGUGUCUUUAUCUUGGAGUUGGCGAAGGGCCAGGCCUUGAUGUUCGAGACCUACCGCCCGCUGUGGGUCCAUCGUGAAGAGCCGGACACGGUGAAGGUUUUCAUGAAGAAGCAAGUGGAGAAGAAGGGCAUCACAGUCGAGCAGGCGAACAAGAUGCUGCCCAAGAUCAAGGCAGCAGUGGACAAAGAUCCCAGUACUAUGAUUCUUUACUUUCCUAUGCUUCUACCUAUAGGCUCUGUCUGUUUUAGAUUCUUUAGAAGUUUAGAAAAUUUAGAUGCUACUCCUGCUUCCGGAAGUUCUACAGCAUCGAGCUCCUCUAUCAACCUCAAACAUCUACUCCUUACAGCGAGCAAUAUGGCGGCCCAGUUGAUGGACUAUCUCCAAGGCAUCGAAUUUGUCUUGUCCGAGGCGGAUGCCAUGCAGCUGAAGACCUUGAAGCACAAGAAGUUCCGCGCGGAAGCCGCGCACGAAGAGGAGGAUGACAGCUAAGCAGUUGGAGGAGAAAGGAGGUGUGAAAGUAUUGCUGCAGUCGGCGUUUGACGUCGAGCAGAAUCAUGACGAUUCUUAGAGCCUUCUGACCGAUAGGAGGACAUGCAUGAUUUAUCUUGGAAGUUGUAACGUUUUGCACGGGGGAUUUGAAUCAUAUAGAGUUGGGAAAUAAUUUCUAGGAUAAAGUAAAUAAGUUCGUCAUCAUUUCUGUUGUAGUUGGAUUAGUACUAGUUCAUAUCUAAGUAUUUCUGCGUGAGAAUCUAACGAAGUAGAUAACAUGUAGUGGAGUAAAUGACCUAUAUAUGAAGACUUGAGUACUAUCCUGAUGUCUUUCGUCGAGUGAAGUAAUCACUAUCAUGCCUAUGGGAAUUGUAUGGAUAUCUCUCCAUAUUAUACGAAGGUGCAUCUUCAUUGUCUCCGGACGAAGCUGGUGCACUUUCAUUUGUUUCGAACUAACCAACUGAAAGAACCGAGUAGUUUUAGAGAAUGAAAGUCCUCGGGAUGGAGGCACCACACCUACCGCUGACCGAAUUCGUUCGGUUGGCAAUUUGUCUGAGUUUUUCCUCCUGGAUCAUUCGUUGUGCUAGUGCUAGUCCUCUUGGUACUGGUAUGGGCCCAACGUUUGAACUUGAUGAUAUAGAAGCAUUAAGAUGAUUCUUAUAUAUUGAAAUAUCUACUAAUUCGUGUCUCUUCCUAGUACUAUGAAUUUAUCUGAGUAUAAAGAUCAACAUGCUCAUACGAAUCACAACACUGAAAAACAGGGAAAGAGAUGAAGAACUUGUAGAUACAAAUUGCGCAGCAUUGGAGUGGGAGAAAAAGAUGAACAUGUCCGGCAACAGUUUGAGAGUCGUGCGAUGUGAGUUGUUCGAGAUUGAGAUUGUGGCCGGUUCGGUUGAGGGGGAAGCAAACUCUUCGUCUGUGUCGGUCCUCGGUGUAACAGACAUCGCUAUCGGCUUUCGGUUCUUCCUCUCGGUUCCUGGUGUCUUGUCUGGAGAAGUUGAAAGAUUGGCUGCAGGCUUGUGCAGAUGGUAAGGAGAUGAAGAAUAUUCUUAAGGGGGAAAGUGAUGUGAUGUUGUGGGUGGGGAACUAGAGAAGGAAAAGGACGUUCGAGGGAAGUGGCAGCUGCUUCACUUUAUCCCUUGAUUACCCUUUUCUUUAUCUCUAGUUUAACGGUUCAGGCUGCCUGGUGGCAAUCGCUUGACGCCAUCAAUCAACGCGACCCACGAGGCGCGCUAGCAAGGAAGGGGCGCCGGCUGCCUGAACCAACGCGGCAGGGAGGGCGCGGCAGUGCCGUUGCUGGGAAGUCUUGCAGCCGAUGAGCACGGCCAGAAAUGCCCGCGGGGAGGAUGCGUAUCGCGUGGCAAAGCGGUGACUGGCUCGGUACCUGAUGCGUAUUCCUGGCAAUUUAUUUAAGAAAGACAGGACCGCGCCCGCGCGAUUGGCAACGCCGUGGGCGGUGAAGGGCGUCCCCUCUGCUAUUCCCAUCUUACCAGCGGAGAGGCAGGCUCUGGCGCUUGCCUGGAGCGGUUUGGCAAACAGCCUCCCGGGUAUCGCGCUGCUCUUCCAGCCGUCGCUGCUCUGUUUCUUUGUCUGUGGUUUAUAUCUGUGGGCUCGCAGUCUUCUUGCCUGGGUUGGCCAUUUUCUUUUCGUCUUCCCCGCUGGCUUUCAUUCUUUGGGGGUGGCUUGCGGUCUUCUGCUUUCUUCUUCAUCUGCAAAAACGUUGCGCCACACGCGCCUCGUGCGUAGCGUUGCCGGCCCCUAUGUAUAUGACUGAGUUGCCGAAUUCUGUUUUCUCAAUGACUAGUAUAGCAACCAAGCGCCCACCCUUGGCCAGGGGGGUGAGACACACGUGAGAUGAUGCAUGACCAUGGCCGCCCUUAUCUCUUCUCUUCUGACCAGGUAUGUCUGUGAAGAUUUUCCUCCUGUGGGUUGCUGCGGCCCUCUUCAAUGCUUCGGCGAUAACGGUUCUCGCACUCAAAUUUUUUGAGCAGCAGCUAGUGAACCUUUUGGCGAUCGUUUUUACGUCGUGCUUCCUUCUCGAGUGCGUCUUCGUGGCAGUCGAAGUGUCAACGUGGCAUCCUUUGAUCUUGAUCUUAUGGCUACGCAUUAAAUUUAGAAUCUCUCACUUUUACGUUCAUGGAGUACUUGUUACUCUAAAGAGCAUCAUGAAACGGUAUACGGAUUACUGCUUGCUCUGAAGAGCAUCAUGAAAACGUAUAUAAAUUCUGACUACAAGAACCUAGCAGCUUUAUCACAGAUGAGCGCACUACAGCUAUUCUUUUUCCCAUAAGAAGAUUCUCCUCAAACAUACUUACCUCUAAUCUUCGGCGAACUCGUAUCGAUCUUGCUCGUACUCUUCACCAUGGUGAGUACACCGCAGUUUUUUCGCAUCCAGUUCAUUAUGAGGUUCGAGUUCUUCGGACUCAUUUUGGUCAUUAUACUGCUGUCUUGGUUCCCUGUCUACAGCAUUCGUAGACUGGCUCGUUGGUAUCAACCCUCCCAGCAUCGCAAGCUUGUGGAGAAUCAGACGGCACUUUAGUUGCUAGAGGGAGGUGGUCG